AUGUAUGUUAAUUCUUACAAUUUUUCUGCUCAGAGAGAAGCUUUGGGGGUAUUACCUUCACCUUUAUUUCCUUCUUGGACUGGAAGUUGCCAUGAGUGUGACUUGUACCUUUUAUUUGGCUUCCCUUUUAUGCCUCAACAUUUACUUCCCCCUCAACUUGCUUCUGUUGAAUGGUUACACGUUGAUAAAAAUGCUAGUCAAUUGUUUUCUUCUUUUAUUCGACAAUUUGUUAAAUACUCAGAUCCAAAUUUGCCAUUAGAUGGAAGUUGGUUAGCCCAUCAACCUAGAGCUCAUUGGUUUCUUCAAUUUAAUUAUUCUAGUGGCCAAAGUCUUCAUUCCCCAGGCAUUUUAAAAAAAGAUUAUCGUUUUGAAGAAGUUGCUUUUUGGAAUAAUUACUUGCCUGCUGUAAAUAUAUUUUUUAUAUUUAUUUAA